UCAUUCAUUCACAGCGCCGAAGUGUUGGUGGCAAGUGUAAAGAACAGUCGAAGACAAAAGAUAAGAAGAGGAAGCAGCAGCAUAAGUAGAGUGCUUAAAAGGAAAAACAUUGCAGUGCUUUGUGCUCAAAUAAAAAUAACAAAAACACAGUGAAAAAUAAGUGGCAGUCGAGCAAGGCUGAGAAGGUGGGAAUCGCCACCAAAGUGGAGACAUCAAGUGUGGUCUCAUCGGUGCUAAAUUAAAUUUAUACCAUCGAGCGCACGAAACAGACGUUAUCCGGCCGCCCACUGUGGUUAACACAAAAGGAUGCGAGAAUAAAAUAAAAUAAAAUAAAUAAAAAAUAAAAUAAAAUAGGAAAAAUAAAAACAGAAAACAAAUAAAAUAGGCAAAACAAGACGACGCAGCAGAACGUAGAAGACAAAACGAAUGGGCUGCAAGUCCAUGUGGCAGCCGACGUGGCAGUCAAAUGUAAAUGGAACACUCAUUGCCGCUGAGCCGAGCGCAGCGCAGCGCAGACAACAAUUCACAGUGCUAUCGGUGUGGUAGUCGGUCUUUAACGGCCUGCAACCGACGACGACGAUAGCAUUGGACGGUAGGCGUGGGAGCGACCAACCGCCGACGAAGCAAAUGUAUAAUAAAUUGCAUGAAAAACUCAAUCAUUACGCCAGCAGCAGGGAGCUAAUUUAGUUACACACAUCACCAGCUAACAGCCAGCCCACAGCCUUGGCAAAGCAGCAGGACCAACCUAUCAGCCGGUCAACUGCUGGUUUGUGAUUUUGGGGGCUCAGAUUGAAUGACUUGUUCACACUGUGGUGUCGCAGCAGAGGCAGAGACAGAGACAGCGACAGCAACAACACAGUGAAUUAAUUUCAUUCACAGUUCUCAUCAACAACAGCAACAACAAACCCAUUUUGAACAAGAACAAAAACAACAACAACACAUACUAUCAUUAUUGGCAACGCUGUUUCAUUUGCAUUUGCUUGCAGCCACCAACAGCUUGAGGAAUAACCAAAGACACGACACAGUUGGGGUCCGGUGCGCAAAGGAAUGAACGUAUUAGUCGCUGUGGCAGGCAAAGUGACGGUACCAGUAAGACAGCUUAUGCCAUAGUCGCCUUGGUGUCACUUUAAGUUGCCGUCAGUGGAAUAGCAACAAAUCACUGUCAAAGGGCUCAUUGUCGGUAGUGUGUGUGCAUUAGAGUCGGUCGAACUUUGCAGACUCUAUAGUUUGGUUUCGGAGUAGUGGCGCGUAGGCUAGCGUCCGCUUGACGUUCGGUCGCUUGUGACAUUUUGUGAUAGUAAACAUCUGGCUGUUUGUUGUCCUUCGUCGCUUGUCGCUUGUCGUUCGUCGUUCGCUGCGCGCCGUGCCAACGUCAUUCGUCGUUCGAAGUUCGAAGUGUACCCAAAGGCGUUUGUUCGGGCGGCUGUGGCGUUGGGUGGGUGAUGCCAACCCAUUGAGAGCAAAUGAUGAAGCACAAGGGUUCCAGUUAUUGCUGUCGCUGGUUCACACUUUUCUUGCUCGCCAUGGGCAUUGUUCUUGUUUCGCCAGAUAUACACACGAAUUUUGCUGACAACAAUAAACAAACGACAACCAAAGGAACAACAGCUAACACAACAACAACAAUAAUGUCAACAACAACAACAACAAGAACGACAACAAUGCAAGCAAAUACAUUGCGUACAAUGAAAAUGCUAGAAGCAAUGGGUUUCAUUGACGCCAACAGGUACAAUGUCAACGAUAAGAACAACAACAAUAAAAAUAAUUUUAACAACUACCAUUCAAAUCUGUUGAUUGCCAACGGCAACAGGAACAGUAAAAACAGCAACAAAAUGUACAUUAGUGCACCGAGCAGGCAGGAGCUGUGGCGUCAGCAAUUGCAGCAGUUAGCGGAUCGAGCGCUGCCGGCGGAGAAGGUGGAGCCGAAGCAGGAGCUGGAACAAGAACUGGAGGAACAUAUGGUUUCAACGCCUCAAUCGAUGACAAUAAUGGUCGAAAAACCCACAACAAGCCCAGCAGCAGCAGCAGCAACAACCACAACAACAAUAAAACAAAUAACAAAUCCAACAAAAAUAGCAACAAAAAUGCUAAGCGUCAGCACGGCAACAACGUUAGCCGCAAGUAAACCGACGACGACCACAAUUACAAUAGCAACAAGCGCAAUCACAACGCGACACAGUGGCAGCACAAUAAAGUUGCCGCCUGACAACAUGGCCAAUAUAAAUGUCAGCGGCAUAAAUGCGAAAGGCACAAUGAUAUAUAAGCAACAACGUCAACGGCAACACGAAGAGCGAAAGCAACAACAACAACAGAAGCAGCAGCAUGAAAGGCAGCACCAACAACAGCAACCGCAACACACACAGACACUGGUUGUUGUUGCUGGCAAUAGAAGCGCAAAGCAACCGCAAAAGUACAUCGGCCAUACUCUGUUAGGCGACAGCGGCAGCACGCAGGCAUCCGCAGCGAUGAUUGUGGCAACGCCUGUGAGGCGUGGCGGCGAGUUGGCGAAUGUGACAGCUACAGCACAAACGCAAAUAGCAAUCAACGGUAAGAGCAACAGCAACAGCAACAACAACAACAAUAACCGCAAUAGCAACGACAUUGUUGAUGGCAUUACAACGCCAAUAACUGCAGCAACAACAAGAAGAAUAACAGUAGUAGACACAUUCAUAAUAACGCCAACACCAUCAGCAACAACAACAAAAACGCUAAGAACACAAAGCAAGCAAUUUGAGUCAGCGCGCAUUUCAUACGAUUACAAAGCAACUGACGCCAACGACGCCACCGACGCCACCGACGACUUGAAGCGCACGACGGAAACGGAUGCGCCAAUGAUUGCGGCAAGGCAUGAGGAAAUGGAAGUGGUUCGUCAAUAUCAACACAAAUUUUCCAGCUCAUACUUAGACGCCGCCGGCAACAGGGACCACGCUGCUGCGGCGAACUACGGCAACACACACAGCUUUGCGGCGCUCGUACAAAUGUCGGCGAAGCAGCAAGAACAGCAGCAAAGGCAGCAGCAGCAGCGCAAUCGCUGGGUGCGUCAAGCGGAGGAGGAGCCGAUAGACAAAUGCCGCAAGUUUAAUGAGGGUGAUGCGGCGAAAAACGAAUUCUACAGUCCCGAUUAUCCGAACGAUUACCCAAAGAACAUCAGCUGUACACGCGUGAUUAAAGCGCCGCCAGGACAGAUAAUCCGUUUAGAUUUUCGCAAUUCAUUCCACAUUGAAGCGAAAGAGGAAUGCAAAUUUGAUGUUCUCGAGAUACGUGAUGGCCAGUACGGCUUCUCGAACUUGCUUGGCAAAUAUUGUGGUACGGAUUUUCCACCGGAAAUCACAUCGAAAGAACGUUACCUCUGGUUGCAUUUUCAAUCGGAUGAGAGUAUCGAGUACUCGGGUUUUACAGCCGUUUUCGAAUUUAUGGAUCGCAGUAAAGAAGCUCCCUCCACCGACCUGAACUGCACAAUCGAAAAGUCGGGUUUCGAGGAUUUCGUCAACUCCACCGAUGUGCCCGAAGACAUUCGUGAUACUGCGAUUAAAAAUCGAGUGCCGUUAGAUUGCAUUUGGCACAUACAGGUGCAGGAGAAUUGGAAGAUACAAAUGAAAUUCGUGGAUUUCCGUUUAGUCAAACCGAAUGAUUGUGAAGCGAAUUUCUUGGACAUAUUUCCCGAACAAACCAUCAUGCCGCUUAGAAAAAAAAACUUUUGCGGAUCUGCUGGUGAAGGCAUCACAUCCGAUUCGAACACGCUGAAUAUUCGUUUCUUUGCUGAGCCAGCGGCCAUCAAUUCAACUUUCUCCAUUUUAUUUACGGCUUUUCGAGAUAAAGGAUCUGGAAGUUGCACAGAUGAAGAAUACGAUUGUGAGGAUGCCACAUGCAUUGACCGCAAGCUCAAGUGCAAUUCACGUGACAACUGCAAAUUUCGUUGGGACGAGGAGGGUUGCAAUAAAGAGACCGCGGAAGGAUCUGAGCAUAUUUACAUUAUCAUGGUUGUCUUCGGUCUAAUCUUGGGUGGCAUGAUUUUGACAUUCCUAGUGAAUUGCAUACGCAAGAUAAUGCAUGAUCAGAAAAUCAUACGGGAACACAUACGCCAGUCGAAGGAGAGCAAACUGAACGAGUUGGGCCGCAAUUCGAAGGCGCGCUCAAGGGAGAAUUUAUCGAGCACAAUGCCGAGACCCAAGCAUUCGCAGACAUCGUUGCAAAUACUUAACGACGCAUCGAAUCGCUAUUAUCGCGAGGUGGUGCCCAUGUCGCGCGCCAGCAGCAAAAGCGAUCUCAAGGAGCGUGAACACAGCAUUCUGCGGCAACGCAACGACAUCGUGGUGCAGACGAGCUUCUGCGUGGAUGACAACAGCUCCGAGGCGACGGUGGAGGCAGCGUUGGCGGCAAAUGCCUGCGAUAUGGGCUGUCAGACGCGCGAAUCGCUCUUCGCCACACCGCUGAUGCACCAGAACUCGAUGGGCUCGCUAAAGGACAAGGCCAGUCUACAUUCGCGUUCACGUUUCUCCACAUUCGGCUACGAGACCGCACAGCCGACGCCACCACCACCAUCGCAGCAGCCAGCUAGCGCCCGUGGCGGCCAACUAACGGGACUAAAUAUACGCGACGCGCGGGAAUAUAUUGAGAUGCGCGAACGACAUCCCGGCCCUAAGCCCAAAAUGCCGCAUAUGCAUCGCAUGGAUGCACUGCCGCCCACACCGCCCACGCCAGCUGCGCCGGCCGAGAUGUGCCACCAUCAUCAUCAACAUGCCGCACACACGCAUGUACACACGCAACAACAACAACAACAAUCGCAGCCGCAGCAGCAGCAAUCACGCCAGCAAUCAGCACAGCAACAGCAACAGUUGUCGAUGCAGCCAUCCAAGGAGAGUGCGGGCGGCGGUGGCGGCGGCAGGUCAACCGCGGCAGCAACAACAACAGUAACCACGGCGACAUCAGCUCAGGGAAAAGGCAAGCCAAAGCUAAGUCAAUCGACAGCUUACAUAGACAUUAGGAAUUCAGCGCCGGAUGUCAUCAUAAUGACAUCACAUUGACAUUUAAGUAACUCAGCGAAAAUCACGCCAUAUCCACAUGGGAGCGCACAACAGCAACAAAAACGCAUUAGCACACUCGAGCGACUAUGGGAAUGUGCUGGCAGCAGCAAAACGGCCAACGUCGGUGCUACGGAGCGCGAAUUUGAGUGAAAAACGCACACGAAUGAGCAAGUCAUUUGGUUGGGCAAAGCUUUUAAGCGCACGGAUGUGCCGACACAUACCCAAACACACACAUAUGCUCAAUGUUGGCAGCUUGAAGUCACACAACUUACCUUAUUAAAUGCUUGAUUUGCGAAAGGUUAUUCGGCGCAAUUAUAUUGAGGUUAUGUUGGCGCAGGAAAUCGAUGAAUUUCAUUUCGCAACGCUUUAAUAUCAACAAAUAUGUAUUAUUAACCGAAAAUAUGUAACGAAGUUCAAUUUUUAAUCUAACACUGGCUCCUUAAGCUUAAUUUCAAAGCAAGUUUUAAUUCAAUUAAUCGAGAUUAUUCGGUUCAUGUUUAGAUUACUUGGCGGAUUACCGUGUUUUACAAUAUCUAGUUGGUAUUAAAAAAGGUAAUUAAGUUUUAAUUUAUAUAAAUAAUUAAUUAAGCAGCGAUUGUCUAAAUUAUCAUAAAUUUUCAAUAUCAAAAUUAUAUGACGAACUCUAUUUUAUAGAUUUUAGUGGCAGAAGAAAAUAAUUAACAAUUUUAGACAAAAUUUAUAUCGAUAAACAGAGUCUGUCAAGCUGAUGAUUUUUAACACCUAUACCACAAAAUAACAGUAAAUAUCUACGUUAAAGCUUUCUUAAAUUGUCGGCUGAACUUCGUCUCUCAAUUGUGAAAUUCCUCUGAGUAACUGUUGAAAUUUUAUGCGUAGUUUUUUCCUGCCUUUAAGAAAUACUUUUUUUUAGCAAUGAGAAAAAAUAGUAAGACUUUGUUCAUAAUUCUAAAAUUCUUAAUUUAUUCUUCAAAAUCCACCCUCGGCUCCAUUAGACUUGUGCUAACAAAACUAACAACAACAUCCAAUCUUCGAAACAUUUGUUAAAGACAAUUUCCGGAAAAACCUGCAAUGCGCGUAGCGAUUCAGGUUUAAUGUCUUCAAUUGACUCAAAACGGUUUCCCCGGAGCAGUCGUUUGAGUUUGCUGAAUAGCCAUAAGUUACACGGAGCUAAAUCAGGCAAAUACGGUGAUUGCGGCACGAUAUUAAGUAGUUGAAAAUUUAGAGAAAAACUCACGAGGUACCAAUGCAGUAUGCAACGGUGUAUUAUCGUGCUCAAAAACCAGGAGUUUUCGGGCCAUAAUUCCGGCCACUUUCGACGAAUAGCUUCGCGCAAACGACGCAUACCAUUGAAAUAGUAUUCCUAGUUGACAGUUUGGUUGGUCGGAAGGAAUUCGGAGUGUACCACAUGUCGAUAAUCGAAGAAAACUCCCAGCAUAUCCUUGACUUUUGACCUGCUUUGACGUGUUUUUUCGGCAUCGGCUCACCAUUGCCAAAAUCUUCGGCCGAUUGAUCGUCUGUUUCCGGGUUGAGGUAUAGCUACAAGACCCAUCGCCAGUAAUGAUACGUUUCGUGGCAUUCUGGUAGUGAGAAAUCAUUGUUCCAUAGAUGUUUUUCGAGAAAAUUGAGUGAUGUUGAAAUCAAUCGUGCUUUCACUUUUCUUAGGGCAAAAUGAUCUUUCAAAAUGGUUUUAACUGAUCCUUCCGAUAUUCCAAGGAUGCAAGUAAGUUCUCUGACCGUCCUAGACGCGGUUCGUCGUCAACUCGUUCUCGACCCUCUUUGAAUAAUUUUUACCAAUCAAAAACACUUGCUCGUGACAAACAAGUAUCACUGAAGUCAUUUUUUAACAUUCUGAACGUUUCAAAAGUUUAAUGGAACUUCUUCACUCAUCGUAAAAAUCGCCGAAUGCACUUUAUAUACUAAACACUAAUGGUUAUUAUACCCAGAACAGGGUAUAUUAAGUUUGUCAAGAAGUUUGUAAUACAAAGAAGGAAGCGUCGGAGACCCUAUAAAGUAUAUAUAUAAAUGAUCAGUAUGUUGA